CUGCUCACCUUGCCUUGGCUGGAGGGUUCUCAGUUGCUCAUUGGUAGCCGGCGGGGAAGGAUCAGGAGGCACCAUCAUGGGAGAGACCAGCAGCGAGCUGAGCAGAGCUCUGAGCAACACAGAAGCCUCUCUGGGGCUAGAGGUUGGAGGAGGCUGCCGAGGCACAAUGGCUGAAGUGAGGGUGCUGGUGAUCAACACCGGGGGGACCAUAGGAAUGGUGCCCCAUGAGUCAGAGGGUCUAAUUCCUGAGGCUAACAAGUUAGCAAGGUCCCUGAAAAAGAUCCCAAUUCUUCAUGAUGCAGUGUAUGCCAACAAGAUUAACCUGGGAGAUGACACCUUGGUGCUUCCCUCUUCUAACCAGAAUAAAAGAAUAAUCUACACAAUCCUGGAACUUUCUCCACUGCUUGAUUCUUCAAAUAUGACACCAGCUGAAUGGGACAAGAUUGCUAGGCAACUUGAGAUAAACUAUGAAAUGUACGAUGGAUUUGUGAUCCUUCAUGGCACAGACACUAUGGCCUAUACAGCCUCAGCACUGUCCUUCAUGUGUGAGAACCUGGGUAAAACUAUCAUUCUGACAGGAUCCCAGGUGCCCAUAUAUGAACUGAGGAAUGAUGGCAGAGCCAACCUGCUGGGGGCGCUGCUGAUCGCAGGACAAUUUGUAAUUCCUGAGGUGUGCCUGUACUUUUAUAAUAAAUUGUACAGGGGAAACCGGGUGACUAAGGUGGAUGCAGAGAGUUUCAAUGCCUUUUCCUCACCUAACCUGCCUCCACUUGCAAAUGCUGAGGUUGAUAUUACAAUCAACUGGGAGACAGUGUGGAGAGCCAAUACCACCAAGAAAUUUGAGAUCCACACCAACAUGAAUAGCAACGUGGGGCUCCUGAGAAUCUUCCCAGGGAUUACGGCAGCAGCGGUGAGGGCAUUUCUUCAGAGCCCAAUGGAAGGGAUUGUGCUUGAGACCUACGGAAGUGGGAAUGCCCCUAAUAAUCGUCCCGAUUUGCUAGCUGAACUGAAGAAAGCAACUGAUCGCCAGGUGGUGAUUCUGAAUUGCACCCAGUGCCUGCGAGGAACUGUUUCUGUAGUUUAUGCUACAGGAAAGACUCUUAUGGAUGCAGGUGUAAUUCCAGGAGCGGAUAUGACACCAGAAGCUGCCCUUGCCAAACUGUCCUAUGUUCUGAGCAAACCUGGACUUUCCUUGGUUGAGAAGAGAAAGAUGUUGAGUGAGAACCUGAGAGGAGAGAUGACUGUUGUGCCCAUUGGAACCAAGAUCACCCUCAAAGAUAGCAAGUUUAUUCAAGAGAUUGCAAAAUAUCUCUUUAUCAGCUGCAAGGAGGAACUUGAAGCUGUUAGGGAUGCUUUGACUCCUCCUUUGGCUUGUGUGGCUGCAAAAAAUGGUGAUUUGGAGGCCCUAAAAGCCUUACAGAGUAUGGGUGGAAACCUGAGUUCUGGGGAUUAUGAUGGCCGCACUCCUCUUCAUAUUGCAUGCUGUGAAGGCAAUUUGGACAUAGUCACACACCUGUUACAGUCUGGUGCAACUGUGUAUGCAAAAGACCAUCUGGGAGCCACUCCUCUGCUGAAUGCUAUCAAGUUCAGGCACCACAGAGUGAUUUGCUUGCUUCGCAUGACUGGAGCUCACCUUUCCAGCCAGGAACUUGUGAAUGUUGGAACAGAACUCUGCAGUCUUGCCUAUCAUGGAGAUGUUGAGGGACUGAAGGCAUGGCAUUUGGCAGGUGUGGACCUGUAUCAGUCUGGCUAUGAUGGGAACACUCCAUCUGAAGUAGCUAAGGCUGCAGGGCAAAAUAAAGUCAUGGAAUUUUUCAAACAGUUGGCAUGCUAAAGUGAUAUAUGACAUUUCUCUCAGCUGUGCAUAAGAGAGAAAGGCAUAUUAAUGUAACUAAGGCUGAGAAGACCUGAAGAAUUCAGCUGAAUGCAUACUGGUUUUAGAAUUAGCUCAGUAGAGUUUUAUUUUCUUAUUUUUAAUUUUUUUUACAAAAUGAUCUUGUUUUAAAGGGAAUCAUCUGCCAGUAAUACAUAAAGGCAGAAUACAUUGAACAUUACUCAAGAGGUCAUUGAACUUAAUGAAGGAACAGAUAUAUGAAGGUGGAACAAGCUGCAGUCCUCAAAUUUCAUAUAAAUAUGCACUAUAAUAACUCUGGACAUUGAUGCCCCAGUUUGCUCAGUCCAGCAGUGGCUCUUCAGAAGGUCAAACAGAAGUAUUUCUAAGGUAUGCCACCAGAGCUUGGAAAAAUGGCUUUUUGUGAGCUACAACUCCCUGAAUCCCUCAACCAUCAUGGUCAGUAGCUAAGUUGGUAGGAUUCUGGGAGGUGUAGUCCAAAAAACACCUUUUCCAGGCUCUGUCUGCUGUUAAGUAUUAUUUUUACUGGCUAUGUUGUAGAGUGGACCUCUACACACACAGCUGUGUUUUCUACUGUUAAGCUGAGACCUUUCCCGGGUAGAUGUUAAAGGCACGACAUGAAAAUAACACGGUGUAUUUCAACAUUUAAAUUUAUUUUAAAAAGAAGCUAGGUGAUUUGGCAUUUCACAAGCAACAGCAUGAAAAAGUUGAAAGCUUCCAGUGAGCUUUGUUGGGUCAAAAAUCUGAAAUUCCAAACUAUCACUUCUUUAGAAUAGAAGGCCAAAACGGGACCACUAAGAAACAAGGGAGAAGUAUCAUCAUGUCUGGGGAAACCUUGGGGUUUGCAGAAAUUCUAUUUUAGGCCACAUGAGCCUUAUGUUUAACAACAGGAAGGGAGCAAUAGUCCCUUUCACCUCCUGUUUCAAAAAAGGUUUCGCUUGGACCUAAAUGGGCCCAAGCUGGGCUCAAAAUGUGGUAGAAAUGCCCCCCACAUCCCCUAGAAGACAUGUGGGAUUAAAAUAAUUGGGAAAAAAUUACAAACUUUGGGGGGGGGGGAUUGUUUGACCAUUUGGGCGCUUGGGGAGCCUCAAAUACAGUGGAAAUGCCCAUUGUGCUCCCAGAAGGCUUUGGGGGGCAUUUUGGAGCAAAAAAUGUUUGCCAAUUUUUUUUUUUGAUCCCCUGGAAGGGCCAGAAAAAUAGCCCUGGAGGUUGCAUGUGGCCCACAGGUCACACUUUAUCCAUCCCAAUCUAGACUAAGAGGGCAUUCCCUGUGACAGCAUAGCAAUGAAGAAUGAAAAAGAACUGGAAAAGGCAAACAGAAAACAGGUUGGAGUAAAGGACACAAUGAUGAUUCUUGGAAGAAAGGCUGGCUGGCUGGCGACUUGAAAAGUCAUACUCCAACCUGUGUGAUUUGCAAACAUAUAACUGAAAUGUUUUGGCUGAAGUGAAACCUGAAGCCCAUUUAGAAGACUCUGUUCAGGAGGAGGUGGGGAAAAAAUAAUAGAAAUUUUGAGAACGUAACCAUCUAUCUAUCUAUCUAUCUAUCUAUCUAUCUAUCUAUCUGUCUGUUUCCCCCAGGAUUAUUCUGUGCACUUCUGCCUCUAAUGCUGCAGUUAGUUAAGAUCUUGCUUGCAAACAAAUCAUUGUCAUUAUAUUGCAACCCCCUUCUCCAUGCCAAUUUAUAUUUACUGUGGAAAUGACUGUGAUUUUUAUGCUAUGCUUUUUAAUAAAAUACUGAAAAAACA